CCCUCCCUACGGUUGAGAAGGGAGGAAAAGGACGGCCGGGUCUGGCCCGGCAUGCCUUAGGCUUCCGGUGACCUCUGGCCCUUUUCUGUCGUCCGCUCUCGCUGCCUAGCGUGCUCCCUCGCCCACUGCCUCCUUACCUCCCUCCGGUCUUCCUUCGCACGCUACCUGGUGACUGAGGCGCCCGCGACCAGUAGGGAGGCGGUGGCGGAGGACGCUUGUCAUGGCCGCCUCUAAGCCUGUGGAGGCGGCGGUGGUCGCGGCGGCUGCGCCCAGCUCCGGGAGUGGGAUGGGCGGCGGCGGCGCGACUGCGGGCCCCGGCACUGGGGGCCUACCGCGAUGGCAGCUGGCGCUGGCGGUCGGGGCGCCCCUGCUGCUAGGCGCAGGUGCCAUGUACCUGUGGAGCCGGCAGAGGCGGCGCCGGGAGGCUGGGGGCCGAGGCGACUCCGGCGGUUUAAAGCGCAACAGCGAACGGAAGACCCCAGAGGGCAGGGCCAGCCCGGCCCCGGGCAGCGGACAUCCCGAUGGCCCCGGUGCUCACCUGGAAAUGAACUCUCUUGAUAGAGCCCAAGCAGCCAAGAACAAAGGCAACAAAUACUUUAAAGCAGGAAAAUAUGAACAAGCUAUUCAGUGCUAUACUGAGGCGAUCAGUUUGUGCCCUAUAGAGAAGAAUGCUGACCUUUCCACAUUUUAUCAAAACAGAGCUGCUGCCUUUGAACAGUUGCAAAAAUGGAAAGAGGUGGCACAAGAUUGUACAAAGGCUGUUGAACUUAAUCCCAAAUAUGUGAAAGCUCUCUUUAGACGUGCAAAAGCCCACGAGAAGCUAGACAAUAAGAAGGAAUGUUUAGAAGAUGUCACUGCUGUGUGUAUACUAGAAGGGUUCCAAAAUCAACAAAGCAUGCUGUUAGCUGAUAAGGUUCUUAAACUUCUUGGAAAAGAGAAAGCCAAAGAAAAAUACAAGAAUCGUGAACCUCUGAUGCCAUCUCCACAGUUUAUCAAAUCUUACUUCAGCUCUUUCACGGAUGAUAUAAUUUCUCAGCCCAUGCUUAAAGGAGAGAAGUCUGAUGAAGAUAAAGACAAAGAAGGAGAGGCUUCAGAAGUUAAAGAAAAUUCUGGAUAUUUAAGGGCCAAACAGUAUAUGGAAGAAGAAAACUAUGACAAAAUAAUAAGUGAAUGCUCAAAAGAAAUAGAUGCUCAAGGCAAAUACAUGGCAGAAGCAUUAUUACUACGAGCCACCUUUUACCUGCUUAUUGGCAAUGCCACUGCGGCCAAACCAGAUUUAGAUAAGGUCAUCAGUUUGAAAGAAGCUAAUGUGAAGCUUCGAGCAAAUGCUCUCAUCAAAAGAGGCAGUAUGUACAUGCAGCAGCAGCAGCCUCUGCUGUCUACUCAGGAUUUUAACAUGGCUGCCGACAUUGACCCUCAGAAUGCAGAUGUUUAUCACCACCGAGGACAGCUGAAAAUACUGCUUGAUCAAGUUGAAGAAGCAGUGGCAGAUUUUGAUGAAUGUAUUAGAUUAAGACCUGAGUCAGCUCUGGCACAAGCUCAGAAAUGUUUUGCAUUGUAUCGCCAGGCAUAUACAGGAAACAAUUCUUCACAAAUCCAAGCGGCUAUGAAAGGUUUUGAAGAGGUCAUAAAGAAAUUUCCAAGGUGUGCUGAAGGCUAUGCACUAUAUGCUCAGGCAUUAACAGAUCAACAACAGUUUGGUAAAGCUGAUGAUAUGUAUGAUAAAUGUAUUGAUUUGGAACCAGAUAAUGCCACAACAUAUGUUCAUAAAGGUUUACUUCAGCUUCAGUGGAAGCAAGAUCUGGAUAGAGGUUUGGAGCUCAUCAGCAAGGCUAUUGAAAUUGACAAUAAAUGUGAUUUUGCAUAUGAAACCAUGGGAACUAUUGAAGUGCAAAGAGGAAACAUGGAGAAAGCCAUUGACAUGUUCAACAAAGCUAUUAACCUGGCCAAAUCGGAAAUGGAGAUGGCUCAUCUGUACUCACUCUGUGAUGCUGCCCAUGCCCAGACAGAAGUUGCAAAGAAAUAUGGAUUAAAACCACCAACGUUAUAAAAUGGGGGGGGGGGCAGGGAGGAGAAUGACCCUCUUUUUAGAAGUCUACUCCCUUUUCAACUGAACCCUAAAGACACUGUCAUGAACUGUGUUGAAUGGUGGAACUUAGUAUUUGUGCUGUUGUCAUUUGUUACAUGUUUCAUGUUUAGGUGUUGUGGGAGUGGCUGUUGAAGGAAGUUUGCAGUGUUGCAGCUUUUAUUCCCUGUGCAACAAAAGCUUAGAACCUGUUAAAGGGAUAUUAAAGUUGCAAAGAGUACAGAUGAUAAUUGGCCAUGCAAAUAAAAACUUUGAUUUGUUGAUUUGA